AGGCAGAUUUUUGAGCCAGCAAGCCUGAGCCUCUGGAAAGGCUUAUUCACUAGGCCGUCUGCAAAGGUUGUGGGGCAAAAGACUAUUUCCCAGCGCUGUCUGAGGUUCAGCUUGGCGACAUUCCCUGGAAGAGCGUGACGGAAAGUGCAAUGGAGGCGGGAGGAGAGCGAUUUCUUAGACAAAGGCAAGUCCUGCUUCUCUUUGUUUUUCUGGGAGGGUCUCUGGCUGGGUCCGAGUCAAGACGCUAUUCUGUGGCUGAGGAAAAAGAGAGGGGCUUUUUAAUAGCCAACCUAGCAAAGGAUCUAGGGCUAAGGGUAGAGGAACUGGCCGCGAGGGGGGCCCAAGUUGUGUCCAAAGGGAACAAACAGCAUUUUCAGCUCAGUCAUCAGACAGGUGAUUUGCUCCUGAAUGAGAAAUUGGACCGGGAGGAGCUAUGCGGCCCCACAGAACCAUGCAUACUGCAUUUUCAGAUAUUACUGCAAAACCCUUUGCAGUUUGUUACAAACGACCUCCAUAUCAUAGAUGUAAAUGACCAUUCUCCGGUAUUCUUUGAAAAUGAAAUGCAUCUGAAAAUCCUAGAAAGCACUCUGCCAGGAACAGUAAUUCCUUUGGGAAAUGCUGAGGACCUGGAUGUGGGAAGAAACAGCCUCCAAAACUACACUAUCACUCCGAAUUCCCACUUCCACGUACUCACUCGCAGUCGUAGGGACGGAAGGAAGUACCCGGAACUAGUACUGGAUAAAGCGCUCGAUCGGGAGGAGCAGCCGGAACUCAGCUUAACGCUCACCGCGCUGGACGGCGGCGCUCCCCCUCGGUCUGGGACAGCCCAGAUAAACAUCCAGGUCUUAGAUAUAAACGAUAAUGCACCAGAAUUUGCACAGCCGCUCUAUGAGGCUGCAGUUCUAGAGAAUGCCCCCGUUAACUCUGUCAUUGUCACUGUCUCGGCUUCUGACUUAGAUACAGGAAGUUUUGGGACAAUAUCAUAUGCAUUUUUUCAUGCUUCUGAAGAAAUUCGCAAAACUUUUCAGCUAAAUCCAAUUACUGGUGAUAUGCAACUAGUCAAAUAUUUGAAUUUUGAAGCAAUUAAUAGUUAUGAAGUCGACAUCGAGGCCAAGGAUGGCGGAGGCCUAUCCGGAAAGUCUACAGUCAUAGUCCAGGUGGUUGAUGUCAACGACAACCCACCGGAACUGACCUUGUCUUCAGUAAACAGCCCUAUCCCUGAGAACUCGGGAGAGACUGUACUGGCUGUUUUCAGUGUUUCUGAUCUAGACUCUGGAGACAACGGAAGAGUGAUGUGUUCCAUUGAGAACAAUCUCCCCUUCGUCCUGAAACCAUCUGUAGAGAAUUUUUACACCUUAGUGUCAGAAGGCGCGCUGGACAGAGAGACCAGAUCCGAAUACAACAUCACCAUCACCGUCACUGACUUGGGGACACCCAGGCUGAAAACCGAGUACAACAUAACCGUGCUUGUCUCCGACGUCAAUGACAACGCCCCCGCCUUCACUCAAAUCUCCUACACCCUGUUCGUCCGCGAGAACAACAGCCCCGCCCUGCACAUCGGCAGUGUCAGGGCCACAGACAGAGACUCAGGCACCAACGCCCAGGUCACCUACUCGCUGUUGCCGCCCCAGGACCCGCACCUGCCCCUCGCCUCCCUGGUCUCCAUCAACGCGGACAACGGCCACCUGUUCGCCCUCAGGUCGCUGGACUACGAGGCCCUGCAGGCAUUCGAGUUCCGAGUGGGCGCCACAGACCACGGUUCCCCGGCGCUGAGCAGCGAGGCGCUGGUGCGCGUGCUGGUGCUGGACGCCAACGACAACUCGCCCUUCGUGCUGUACCCGCUGCAGAACGGCUCCGCGCCCUGCACCGAGCUGGUGCCCCGGGCGGCCGAGCCGGGCUACCUGGUGACCAAGGUGGUGGCGGUGGACAGCGACUCGGGCCAGAACGCCUGGCUGUCGUACCAGCUGCUCAAGGCCACGGAGCCCGGGCUGUUCGGCGUGUGGGCGCACAAUGGCGAGGUGCGCACCGCCAGGCUGCUGAGCGAGCGCGACGCGGCCAAGCACAGGCUGGUGGUGCUGGUCAAGGACAAUGGCGAGCCUCCGCGCUCGGCCACCGCCACGCUGCACGUGCUCCUGGUGGACGGCUUCUCCCAGCCCUACCUGCCUCUCCCUGAGACGGCCCCGGCCCAGGCCCAGGCCGACUCGCUCACCGUCUACCUGGUGGUGGCGUUGGCCUCGGUGUCGUCGCUCUUCCUCUUCUCGAUGCUCCUGUUCGUGGCGGUGCGGCUGUGCAGGAGGAGCAGGGCGGCCUCAGUGGGUCGCUGCUCGGUGCCCGAGGGCCCCUUUCCAGGGCAUCUGGUGGACGUGAGCGGCACCGGGACCCUGUCCCAGAGCUACCAAUACGAGGUGUGUCUGACUGGAGGCUCCGGGACAAAUGAGUUCAAGUUCCUGAAGCCAAUUGUCCCCAACUUCGUUGCUCAGGGUGCAGAGAGAGUUAGCGAGGCAAAUCCCAGUUUCAGGAAGAGCUUUGAAUUCAGUUAAGUGUUAAUAAUGAUCUACUGAGCCUCGUUUUAGUUAAUCUGUGGAAAGUCCUUUUUUACUGCUUUGCUCAUUGGGGAGGUCUCUUUUGGUCUGGUUCAAGGCAAGUAGGAAGAAUAGAGCAAAAUUUCAAAUCCAGGGAUGCUUAGGUUUCAUUAACAGAACUGGAAAGUAGUUGUUUGGCUCUGAAUGUUUUGUAUUUCAAUCAAGAAUCCUUAGUCGAUAGAACAUUUUGUUUAUAUAUUGAUUCUACUUUUUCUGUAGUUAAUCCUUGCAUAUUCUCCUUUCAUCCUGGCUUGCCAACGCAGUCUUAAUUCCGCCUUUUUUUUUCUAAUGGGGAGCAAAAAGAAAUUCAUUAUCUUUUAAUAGUGAUUUCAAAUAGCUUAUUAAAAUAAGCCCUUUCAAAUUUUACAUUAUAAGGCAAUGUAGAGAGAGUUCCAAACCACCAAUUUUAUAAUUUCCCUUGUUGAAUAUAUUCAUAUAAUGUGUUUUAUAAUAUGCCCAAAGCAGCUUCGUCUAUGGUUAACAAAGUUUCAGAGAUAGACAGGAAUGUGUUUUCUUUAAUAAAUAGUAAUAUAUCAUCUUUUUAAGGAUAUAGUACUCAAAUGAAAGUAAUUUAGUUCAUUUUCUGUGUUGACAUUUGCAAUUAACAUUUCAAUAUUUUAUGUGCUUAUAUUGGCCAAAAUAUGGACACAAAUAUAGACUAAUAUGGGUAAUUACCCUUUGGUUUAUCUAAAGUGUGUUCGUGAUGACUGAGGAAAAAAAUUAAACCUAUGCCAUUGUAAAAACUGACUGUUCUUUUCCAUUUGACACAAAAACGUUGUUUAGUAAGGCGUCUGGUGGAAUGACAACUAUUUGUUUCAUAAAUUCUGAGAUGUAAGUGUUAGGAAUCUGAGAGACAAUUUUUAAUUUCAAGAAAAUACAUGGGUAUAUGAUAUCUAAAUGCUUCAUGGUAAAAGUGGUGUCCUAUCCAGUCCUAUUUUAUUAUUAAUACCUACUUGCCACUUGUAUGGUGAUAUAGGAGAAAGAUAUUUUAUUUUUUUCCUGUCUUGGUUCCCUCCUUCGGAUUUUAACCUGACAUGAUUUAGGAUUAUAUAUGGUCUUUCUGGGAUAGAAACUGUCCAUCCAUAUCAGCAUCCUACCUCCUACAAUGUAAUUAAAAGAAGAUGUACAAGAAUAGAAAGUUCUAAAAAGGAGCGGGCAAUAUCAUUGUGAAACUCUAGCUACAACUAAGAAUAAAAUCCGGAAGCAACCAAAACAUCGAAUCUUAUGGUUAUCUUGAGUAAAAUCAAAAAACUUAUUUUAAGCGACAAAAUAUUUAGCUCCUAAUUAGGGAAAUGUAUUAGGAAAAAAUCAAUUUUCUUCUUACAAGUGUUUCCUCAUCCACAGAACAUCCAUAUAACUUUCUAGGAAUUAAAUACUCAUGACUAGAGAAAAGAGAAUUUCUCAAAGAUUUAAAAAAUUCCCCAAAAAGCAAGAGCUUAAGAUUGACAUGCUUUCAAACAUGUUAAAGUGUAGUUAUUAUCACAUUUAAAUAGUGUAAUUUUAUGUAACAGCAUCAAAUGCAUAAAUACUUUUUUUAAAACAUUUUUGAGACAGGGUCUUGCUCUGUUGCCCAGGCUGGAGUGCAGUGGUACAAUCAUGGCUCACUGCAGUCUCAAUCUCCUGGGCUCAAGGGAUCUGACCACCUCAGCCUCCAGAGUAGCUGGGACCAUAGGUGUGUGCCACCACACCCAGCUAUUUAACAACAAAAAAAAUUUAUUUGUAGAAAUAGGGUUUCCCCAUGUGGCCCAGGCUGGUCUGGAACUCCUGUGCUCAAGGGAUCCUCCUGCCUCCACUUCCCAAAGUGCUAGGAUUACAGGUAUGAACCAUCAUGCCCAGCCAAAUGUGUGAAUCUUUAAUAGUCAGAGGAAAAUUAAUAUAAUAUUUCCUUUCACUUCAAGUGCUUUAUAGAGAUGUUUGAAUCUGGCUGUUUUGGUCAGAUAUUUUUCUUCUUUGCAUACGUAGCUGAUUUUCCAUGAAUAUCAGGAGAAGGCAUAGAAUUCUGAUCAAGAUUUCUCUCUCUUUGAUUACCUUAGUCCCAGAUGGUAUCAGAGCCAGGGAAGUAUUCAACUGUGGAAAAUAUAGAGGGCAGUUCUUUUGGGGACUAAUAUGGUAUAUGAUUGGAGACUAAAGUUCAAAAGGCAAUAUGCUGAGUCAUUUAGACACUGAAGAUAGAAGAACAGAUACCAUUUGUAAUUUAGUUUUUAGAUGUACUGGACUUAUACAUUGUUGAGAAAAUGAAUAGAAUUUAGCAAAGCCAGAAAAGAUAAUCUAUACUAAAUUUGAAGAUGGGAAACAAUCACAUCUUACUCUUGGUUCAAAGCUGCUUCUCUUUCAGGGCAGUUAGAAACUUUUACCCUUUUAUUUGAAGACAACUUCCAAAAACAUAUUCAUCUGGAUAUUUCAUUAAAUACAGAACAGAGAGAGUACCAUAUGUACAGUACUAACUAGUGUUGCCACGUUUUGGAAUUCCACAAACUAAAAGCCUGGCACAAGGUAAAAGGGAUGACUUUAUAUAUUAUUAAUAAUUUUCUAGUAAUUUUUCUUCUAGGCAGGCUAAUUCAUUAUUGUAAAAUAUUUACAAAUCCAUCUCACCAGUAUUCCAAUUGUCAAAAAGUAAGAGAAGGAAAAAUUUUACUCUCUUCCCUCAUUCUAGAAUAUAUAAAAUGACCUUACUAGACUCUAAGCAACUUGAAGGUAGAGUCUGUUUCUGGUUUAUUCAUAGUAUUAUUUCCAGCAAAUAGCACAAUGCCUCAUUCAUAGUAGAUGCUCAGUUUAUAUGUGUUAAAUAAAUAAAUUUUAAAUUAUUUGGGAAAUAAAAUAAUGUUGUAAGGACUUACA